CAUAAUCGAUCGAAAUGUUGAGACAAAUAACAGCACAAGGCCUCAACCGCAGGUUGUUUUCCAUGAGCUCCACCGUGAUGAAACCAGCAGCCGCAUCGGUUGAAUCGUCCGGAUACCUCACCACUGCUGGAUCGACCCAAUCCGUCUGGCCCAAGGGCUUCAGACUCCCCAAGCCAAAAACCUGGGAAGAAAGCCACGAAAGUGCAUUGAGCAAGGCCACCAAGUUCUUCUUCUUGAGUGAAAUUGCCCGUGGUAUGUACAUCUGUAUGGAAAUGUACUUCCGUGCUCCAUACACCAUCUACUACCCAUACGAAAAGGGUCCUAUUUCCCCAAGAUUCAGAGGUGAACACGCAUUAAGAAGAUACCCUAGUGGUGAAGAAAGAUGCAUUGCAUGUAAGUUGUGUGAGGCCAUUUGCCCUGCCCAAGCCAUCACCAUCGAAGCCGAAGAAAGAAUUGACGGUUCUAGAAGAACCUACAAGUACGAUAUCGACAUGACCAAGUGUAUCUACUGUGGUUACUGUCAGGAAUCUUGUCCCGUGGAUGCCAUUGUUGAAUCUCCAAACGUGGAAUACUCUACUGCCACCAGAGAAGAAUUAUUGUACAAUAAGGAGAAGUUGUUGGAAAAUGGUGACAAGUGGGAGCAAGAAUUACAAUACUGUAUUGACGCUGAUGCUCCAUACCGUUAAUAGAACCGUUGCAUAAUAAAUUGAUUUCUGG